AACCCUGGUUUCCAGGGUCAUAGUCCAGUGCUCAAAGCACCACACCAUGCUGGCUCUCUGACACUUCUAUAAAUCCCAAUAAUUCAAUGGGUCUGAUCUAAUGGAGACUAAAAAUAGGAUCCAAGCCAGCUUAGCUUAAUUCUUUUGAAACCCAAAAGUAAACAGAAUAGAUUUGCUUAGAGAACGGAACAGGGCUGCUUCUUUUAGGAGAAAGUUGCUUCAUAUUUCCUCUUCCCGCAGAUGUGAAAAGAUCAGUGAGGGCCUGAGGGGGACAGCAUUUCUCCCUAGUUUAUGUUAGCAUUUAUACCAUUCAUAACAAAGAGACAUCAUAGAAAUGCCAGCCUGACAUGCCUUGUCAUCUCUCUAUUCUAAAGGAUUUUGCCACAGCCUGUUUGACUACCGAGUGCUGCACCUGCUGAGCAACGAGGAACUUGUGUCUAGUGAGUUUCAGCACACCUGUUAACCAUCACAGCUGUCAUGAUGCCUGCAGCAACAGUAAAGCCCAGCAGCACCCCCAUGUAUGACCCUCAACUCCUUCAGGAACUGGACUGGAGUCAAAACACCGCUACAUUUUCACCUGCUAUUUCACCUGCAAAUCCAGGCGAUGGUUUAGUCCUGAGACCUCUUUGCGCUGCUGACAUCAACAGAGGUUUUUUAAAAGUCCUGAGUCAACUUACUGAAACUGGAGUUGUCAGUCCUGAGCAAUUCAUUAAAACCUUUGAACGCAUGAAGAGUGCUGGGGAUUAUUAUGUAACAGUUGUGGAGGAUACUAAUCUAGGAGAGAUUGUGGCCACUGCAACUUUAAUCAUAGAACAUAAGUUCACUCACUCAUGUGCAAAGAGGGGAAGAAUUGAAGAUGUUGUUGUAAGUGGGGAGUGCCGAGGAAAACAGCUUGGGAAAUUAUUGAUGUCAACUCUCACAUUGCUAAGCAAGAGACUAAACUGCUACAAAAUUACACUUGAGUGCCUGCCAAAAAAUGUACCUUUCUAUGAAAAAUUUGGAUAUUCAGUAUCUGAAGAAAACUACAUGUAUCAAAGGUUCUUCAACUAAAGAACUUCCAGCUGUAAUCUCUUGCAAUGGACUGUUGGUGGCGGCGCUUGUGCUACUGUCUUCUGUCUCUUUAGGGGAAAUUAAUGUGCUGCAAAUAUCACCUUGAGACACGGGACAAAUACUUUGGUACUGAAGACCAGUUGCUUUGGGUUUCCUUGGCAACAGCGAAACUUAAUUAGAAGGUGUUUCCUACCACUCUUUGCUAGCUGGGACUUGAGCAAAAUGCUAUAAUGUAAGGAUGGGUUUUUACCUCGUGUUCUUUCUUGCCUUGUGUUUUUUCCAAGUGUUCUGCUUCUUGUUGGCAGACAGAUAGUGGUUAUAACUGAAGCUGGACUCAUUUGUGCAGAUUUUGUCACAAGAAUGUCAGAGGUAACUAUUUCCAUGUUGCCAUUAAUGGACCUCAACUUUGUAUAAGUACCAUGUGAUCCCUAUGGUGAUGACUUCCAAAGCGUGGGUUGGCCCCACUGCAAUAGCGAUUGAUAGAGAUGGCUGCAGAAAGAAUGGGCCUCUGCUUUGUCAUGCAGUCUAAUACCUCAGGCCAUGAGCAAAAACUUGCAUAUGGAAUAUUUCACAGUUCUUAAAUGUGUUAAGAGGCACAAUACUGUUGUGGCUCUGAAAACGCUUAGCACUGUAGACCUUGCAUCUACAAAGGCUGGUGACAGUCAUUGUGAGAAAUCAGUGACACAGAACAUACCUUUCCUGCUUGGAUUUGUCAUCUUUUCUUUGUAAACACAGUCUGUUUUGGCAUCAACCCAUUCAACAGAUUGUGUAAAUCCAAAGUUGUUCUCACAGGUUUUCCAUGCUUUUAUUUUAUUUUAGGAUAAACAAUUCAGCACUUCUUAGCACAACUCCCCUCUUGCCAUGUCAGCUUGAAGGGGUUUGUUGUAGUAUAGUUUCAAGGGAAAUGAAGGUUAUUAUAGAAGUGUUUUAUAGUUGACUAAUUAGCUUUAUAAAAUAUUACUGAACCACAGAGGGCUGUUGUAGGAUGGGGAAAGUGUUUUAGUUUCGUGUGUUUGGGGUAUGUCAAACUUUUUGGAAGAUGUUUUAAGUUUUAUUUAUUUUUUUAAAACCUUGUGAAACUGUAAUAAAAAGAAAAAGUGUUCAUUUA